GACGAGACAAAAAGCUUCUCAUUUUCACUCUGCUCGAUAAACACCGUCACCACGACAACCACCAACGAGAGAGAGAGAGAGAGAGAGAGAGAGAGUAUCAUAUUAGGGAUCUUAGAGAGAGAAAUGAGAGGCGACGAGAAGAGCAGCAUCAGCAAUCGCACUGGCUCAUCUCCUUCCUGUCUUUCGCAUUUCUGGUCCUCUGCUCUCAGAACCAAGUCCCUACCUCCUCCCCAAUCGGAAACCUCCUCCGUCCGCGUAAUCCCCGGCGGCGACGGCCUCGUUCGCCGCCUCGGCCUCUUCGACCUUAUCCUCCUCGGCAUCGGCGCUUCCAUCGGUGCCGGAAUCUUCGUCGUCACCGGCACCGUCGCCCACGAUGCCGGACCUGGAGUCACAAUUAGUUUUGUACUCGCUGGCGCAUCUUGUGUACUCAAUGCGCUAUGCUAUGCCGAGCUAGCUUCUCGGUUUCCUGCUGUUGUAGGCGGAGCAUACCUAUAUACAUACACAGCUUUCAAUGAGCUUACUGCAUUUCUCGUGUUUGCGCAACUGAUGCUUGACUACCAUAUUGGUGCUGCUAGCAUAGCAAGAAGCUUAGCAAGCUAUGUAGUUGCAGUACUAGAGCUCUUUCCCUUUUUCAAGGGUAACAUACCAAGCUGGAUUGGGCAUGGUGGUGAGGAGUUUUUGGGAGCCCUAUCUAUUAAUGUAUUGGCUCCAAUUCUUCUAGUGCUUCUUACAAUAGUUCUUUCUUUGGGAGUCGGAGAAUCGUCUGUGUUGAACUCAGUCAUGACUACAGCAAAGGUAAUAAUUGUUAUUUUCGUCAUAAUCGUUGGGUCUUUUGAGGUUGAUGUUUCAAAUUGGUCUCCUUUUGCUCCAAAUGGUUUUAAAGCAGUACUGACGGGAGCAACUGUAGCAUUCUUUGCAUUUGUUGGAUUUGAUGCAGUUGCUAAUUCAGCUGAAGAAUCUAAGAGACCACAACGGGACUUGCCAUUAGGCAUCAUGGGCAGCCUUCUCAUUUGUGCGGCAUUGUAUAUUGGUGUUUGCUUAGUCUUAACUGGGAUGGUACCUUACCAGUUCCUAGGGGAAGAAGCUCCUCUGUCUGAAGCUUUCACAUCGAAGGGUUUGAAAUAUGUUUCUGUAAUAAUCAGCAUUGGUGCUGUUGCUGGACUUACGACUACGCUUCUAGUUGGUCUUUAUGUCCAGUCUAGGUUAUAUCUUGGGCUUGGAAGGGAUGGUUUACUACCUUCAAUUUUUGCUAAAGUGCAUCCGAUACGGCACACUCCCAUACACUCUCAGGUUUGGGUUGGAUCUGUUGCCUGCGUCUUGGCAGGGCUGUUCAAUGUGCAUGUGCUCUCACACAUUCUUUCAGUUGGCUCAUUGACAGGCUAUUCUGUUGUCUCAGCAUGUGUGGUAACCCUUCGCUGGAAGGAUAAGAGCUCAAGUCAAGUUUCGAGAAGGUGGAUAUCAAGCUGGAGGGAAGGUGUCCUUUGCCUAAUCAUAAUUGCUUCUUGUGGUUUCACUGCUGGAGCUGUCUACCGUUUCAAUGCUUCAUUUGUGUUUCUGAUUGUGGCUCUUAUAGCUGCAAUCUUUGCUGCCGCUGCUCUUUACUUACGUCAAGCUUAUACAGUUCCACCAGGAUUCUCUUGUCCGUGGGUUCCAAUUGUGCCCUCUGUUUGCAUCUUCUUCAACAUUUUCCUGUUUGCUCAGUUACACAAUGAGGCCUGGGUGAGAUUUGUUGUCCUCAGCAUUAUUUCAGUUGGGAUUUAUGCAUUUUACGGGCAGUAUCAUGCCGAUCCUGUUUCUGCAGAUUCAACAUGACAUUGUUAAGGAUAUGGGAGCAAACAAAAUACAUAUAUGCGCAUUUGUUCCCUGGCUGGCACUGAAGCAUCUUAACACGCGCGGGUAUCUGUUUGCCCCUCUUCUCUUUUCUCCCCCAUGUUUUCUGACUCAGGUAUGGCUGCAGGCUGCUAGUAAAGGUCUAAUCGGUUCAGGUCGGUCGGGUAUUGGGUAUCUAUCACUGAAUUUAUCAAGGUACCGAUACCGGUUCAAGGGGUUUAGGUUUGGUUGGGGACUUCAGGUGGACCGUAGAACAGGAACAAAAGCACAGAAAAGGGGCAUAAAUUACAUUUGCAUGAAUCAUUCGAUGGACUUAGAUACUCAUUACGGAUUACCAAACAUAAAAGCAACUGAUGUUUAUGUGCUGAUUGUAAAAACUCAAAGAUAGAUUGAUGCACAUCUCUAUCACAUUGAGGGUAAGAACUUUAGGUCACCAUCGCUGACAAUGUAGAAACCAGAACGUAGGAGAGAGGUUGUGGUUUGUUGUUUUAGGGGAUGGGGUUUUGUUUGAGUGACAGAGUCGUAGGCUGUGGGAUUUGAGGAGGUUUGAUGGUUAGGAUUUAUCUAAACCUACAUAAAGAUCAAAAAAUCAAUUUCCUUGUUGCUUCUUCACAGUCAGAUUAAGGGAAAAUUUCGCAUUCCAACGAUCUAACGGAAAAUGAAGAAUCUACAUUUCAAACCUGAAACAGACCGAUCCCUUGUCCAGACUUACCGAAAGGUUGGAUCGGUACAAAUUGGUCGGAUAAAGUUCCAAGAUUGAGUGUAGUAUUGCCAAUUCUAAAAAAAAUAUAAAAUAAAAUAAGUGCAGUAUCUGUUUUUGGCCUUUUGGCUAGCAUUGAGUUUAGUAUCACCGAUUCUAAAAAAAAUCAAGUGUAGUAUCUGUUCUCGGCCUUUUGGCUAAGAUUGAGUGUAGUAUUACCGAGAUUCUAAAAAAAAUCAAUUGCAGUACAUUUUCUUGUCCUUUUAGCUUAAGAUCUAGUGUAGUAUCGCCGAUAAAUUUUUGUUGAAUUUCCCUUUCCCCUUUCCCUGUUUUUUAAUAAAUUUUUGCCUUUCACAAAAAAAAAAAAAAAGUAUCGCCGAUAAAAAUGAAAAAGAAAAAGA